CAUUAUUUUGGAUAAAUGUGAGCUAUUGAGUUCAUGACGUUCAAAUUAUAUAAUUCAACCUGGAACCAAUAAUUAUCUUGUUUUUCUGCUCUCAAAACAAAGUAAAGAGAUAAAAUUCAGUAGUACUUGGCGUAUUCUUUCAACUUGAAGGGAGAUGUAGAUGGUCUUUUUAAUCUGCUCUUGCCAGUAAUAUCCCGCCGACCAAUGACUACCAUAAUACAGAACUGGGUGUGCAACAAGACAGGCGUCUUGCUGAACUUGGAUCACAAAGAUGUAGGUAGAAAACUUUUUGACGGUUUCAUUUAUUACAAGUUAAUAGAGUUCAUCACUCCGGGAAGCGGCAGUGUGAAGCAGCCGAAGUUUCCCGUUUCUUCCCAAUUCGAAGCCCUGUCGAAUUUGGAAAUGCUUUGUCCAUGGCUGAAGAUCCUCGGCGUAAACCACGAUCCUUUCUUCCUCAAAAAGAUUUCACAGCGCAAUAAAGAAGCGUGUCUGAGGAUGCUCUAUGAAAUCUACCUGAGGGUUGAAGACAGAAAUCAUAUUUACAUGGUGACCAAGCAGAGGGAGGCGUAUUUACUUUCCAAGGAAGAAAAUGGGUUUCAAGUCAAAAAGGCACCCGAGAGCCAAAUCGAUUUUGUAGACACUAAGUGUCAUAAUAGCGGACUCCUAGAAGAUCCAUUGGUACAUAGCAAGCCCUUGGUCUUAAAGUACAAAUAUCGGAAAGAGAAGCUUCUGAAAAAGUGCAAACAAGAAUCUGCUCGCAGGGCUCGGAAAUUGGCUUUAUUGAACAACGCGAAAUUCGGACACAACGAUAAAAUGAAAAUAAAUUUAACGCCUCCCGCAACCCAUAAUGAAGACGUUUGUAUAAAAAGGUGCGAAUCGAAAAAGCACGUCGCCCUGUCACCAGAACAAAUGAACUUGCUUAAUAAGAAGAAACGAACUUUGAACAUGGAAAAAACAAAACUGAAAAUGUUCUCGUCUAUCUUAUACGACCUGUGGAGCACUUUUACAGCCAAUGAACUUGAGGACUUUGAAAACACAGUCAGGUCCAAGUUGCUGGAGCAGUCUAGCCAAGAAAAGCAGUUAUCUAUUAAAUGGACACAACUUCACACCCAGUACAAAAAUUUCUUCCAGCAGUCGAUAGUCACCAAUGAACAAACCGAGCGGCCCGGGCCGAUUCUGGCAGACAUAUACCCUUACAAAAAGGUGGAUGAGAAAAAACGUAUUCUGGAAUUGCACAGUCGUCUCUUCGAAGAAGUAGCUUCCAAAAUGGAGAGGGAAAAUCUCGCCCUCUGCGGCCAAACGGCAAUAGACUUAGUCGAUUAUUCCACGUUAAAAUCCGAGUAUUGGCGUGCCCACGAACACGAUGUUCCCAAAUAUGUCGAGUUUCUGUGGAAGGAGUUGUUUUACAAAGGUUUGCCUAUCGAACUCGAAGUAAAUAAUCAUUUUAACAACAAAUCGAGUUACGAUAGGGUUGAAGGUAUAAAAAUGCACUACUUACAGACUAAGAUACCCGACGCUUUACUUGAUGUAAUCGUUGACUGCUAUUUGAAACAAAAAGGAUUAUGGUCUUCAUCCAACGAGCCUCGAUCAUUGAACAAUUUCGGGUUCAUCAUUCACACACUUUUGCAGAACAAAUACCCGCUUCCUCCUGAUAUACAGCUUUUAAAACUACCAGAAUUCACAAUCAAAGUAAUUCUGGCUGACGUACAAGAUCCAUUUGUGCUGAACCAAAUGAAAGAACUUUUGGAAGUCCAGAAGGUUGUAUUAAUCGAUGUUAAUUUAUUUACGAAUUACUGUCUAGAAAAAUUCGAAGAGGAAAAAUCUUAUUAUGAUCUGUUUCGUAAUGCCGAUUUUUUGGAGAAAUUUUCAGACAUAGUAGAACUGGUAGGUUUUGUUCCUAGGUAUAAGAACUUGGUGAAUAAGGAAACUCAAUUCCCUCCAGCGGACGGUGUAGGGCCGAAACAUUCUUACGCUGGUCUUCUAGGCAAACUGGCAUUUGAAAUGUUGAACGAAGGGGAAUGCCUCGACGACGUUCUUCUAGUGGCGAUGUUGGUGGAAUACCUUAAAACUCUCGAAGGCAAACGGGGUUUCGUCCUGGCCGGUUAUCCCACCACCCAGUAUCAAAUACUACUGUUUGAAUAUUUCAUAAUGGGGAAACCACUUAAAACGAACAUCAAGAAAUGGGACACUGAUUUACAAUUCCCCGUAAAUUCUGGUAUUCUAUUGUACUUGGACAGUCUCAUCAGACGUUCUAUUGUCGACAAGGAUAUAUAUCAUGAACAAUCGGAAAGUCAAUUUUUAUCAUCUAUGGUUGAUUAUCUGAACGAUUCCACUGAGGAAGAAAAACUUGAUGAAUAUGACAAAGAAGAACAAAGGCAACCACAUUCGCAAGUAACCAGUCCAGGGACUAACAAACAUCGCAGCCUCAGCCACGGCAAAAGUUUUAGCACAUGCUAUGGGGAUAAUGUUUCAUAUUUAGCAUCAAGCGAGCCGUGGACAUACGAGGAUUUGAAUCGGUUUCGAACUUCGAAAAUUCUUCCCAAUCCUUUAGCAGAGUGGCCUAAUAAAGACGGUAUCUCUCAAACAUACAUCGAAAGGUUCAUCACUAUUUGUAAAGGUUACAAUUACGUUAAAUCGGACCGGAAUCUUCGGAAAAAUGGAAAUAAAACAUUUGAUUAUAAAAAAUGCAAAACAACUAGUCAAAAGACCAAUUACUUGAGGAAUAACAUAACAGGUGAGCAGGUAUACGAACAAUUCGACAAAUUUACAAAAAUAUACAUAUGGGAGUUCGACGUCGAGACCCUCGCUUUCAUUUCUAAAAUUAUUCUCGACCUUGAUGUCGAUUUGCCGACAAAAGAAAUAAAACAGUCAAUCGUUUCGUUUGGCAGACUUGUAACAAAGGCGAGAGAAAACGACAAUUUUGUCAAACCGAGAGACGGUUUGUGCGAUGACAUCCAGUACAUCCCUUCUCCGGCUUAUUACGAUUGCAAAAGACUUAUGGGACGGUCUCGUUAUGGAAAAUCAACGGAAGGCGAUUCAUUUUCAUAUACAUAUGAUUCUGAAAAUAGCGAUUCCCACAUAUACGUCCAAAAGCCACUACCCGACAAACUACAAAUAGCAAUGGCUUCGGUUUGGGAACAGGUGGAAAAGUCUUAUUUGGGUAAAUUAAGAGAGAGUCUAUCCAAAGUUUUAAGCAUUAAAUCCCAAUGGUUACCUUUUAAAAAUUACGUCAGCCAAAUGAUUAAGCAAUCUAUCCAAAAGAGCGACGAAAGGCUUCAAAUCGUGAACAAUUUUCAACUCAUGUUUAAUGCUGUAGAGCUUUUUACGCGUAAGGAUCCGAAUGUCAAAGCUGAGUUACACUUCAGAGUAAAAGAACUCAACGACAUACUGUUAAAUUUAAUUGAAAAGAAAAGAUUGACAGCAUUGGAAGUUAAAAACGAUCUUGAGGACACGCAGUGGGUGAGAAAUUACAUCUUAUUACUGACAAAUUCCUACCUGCGACUUUUGCAACACGAGAUCGACAGAACCGUGGACAGUUUGCAGAUUGUCGUCGACUACUAUACAAGCAUGCUGGGUUUAUUACCGGAUACUAAGAUCCUUCCCAAGGUAGACAUCAAACCAAUUUUGUUGGAAGAAGACGAUUACCCAUUUGGGAAAAAGAAAUCCAAAGUUUCCCAGUCGUAUAGCAUGUCACUAAAAAGAAGCACAUCGAGCGUAAACGAUCCGUCGAGUAAUUCGAGCAAUUUCUUGUCGUCCGGACUGAACGUGAUUCGGGGGAAGAUAAAAUCCCUUCAGAGCUUUUUUAGCAGUGUAAUAAAUCCAGAUAAGAAGCAAACAGCUGAUAAGAAACCAUCCCAAGCACGACUGGGUUCGACGAUACAAUCUGUCGGAAAAGGAACUAAAACGGUUUCAUCGAAAAAGCUAAUAAAAGAAAAAAUGAAACGAAAAGUUGACCAGUCGAGAUCUAAGUCGAUCGCGGUUUCCAUUAAGUCGCUAAGGGCUACAGGUAACCCUUAUGAAUCGCCUCGAAACGAAAGCAGAUUGAGUACUAGGACAAAAAGUAUAAAACGGGAAAAUAGUGACGAACAAAUAUUGAAAGAUAAAAUCAAGACGGAAUGGCAAAACGUUGUCCGAAUGGAAAUAGACAGAUUAGUAGAUAUAGUAGCGUUGAUUGAAGAGAAGGCCAUUGCCGACAUCGAGGCAGCAGUCAAUACUGUCAAUUAUUUGUACGAAAAGUUUGAAACUGAUAUCGAAGAAUGUUAUCAGAAAGAACAAAAAGCGUUGAGUAACAUUAGGAAAAUUUUCUCAGCGGCAAUUGAAGACGAAGUUCCUAUUCAACCACUGUUGGUUUUUGAUAACGAUAAGUUUUUCAUCGACAAAAGCAAUUUGCUAUUUCAAGAUAUCCCGCCGCACCCUCCGGAGAGCAUAGAGGAAGAAACGGAUGAUUAUAAGUUCAAAAUAAGCCAGUUAGAAAAGUUGGUGACCAAAUUGCAAAAUAUAUCUCCAAACAGUAUAAUGCGCGAGACACUCGGGUCUAUUCUUCACGCACACUUCCGGUCCAACGAAGUCCCAGAACAGUGGAAACAACUUUCCAAAAAACAAAUCGACGAAAUCCUCAGCUUUGUCUAUGGCCGUGUCGACGUGGUAGACUGGAAAGUUUUCGUUAUGUUUGCGACUGAUAUCCCAUUUCCGACUGUCGAUGAUCUGUUGGAUUUAAAAAAGCACUUUGAACAAAUCGACAAAGAGAAGAACGAGAUCAUAUCUAAACAGCAAUUCUACGAUACAACUCUAUGGAUCGACAGGAAGUUUACUCCCGAUCUGCAAGGUGAUCUCCAUCUUAUUUUAUCUAAACUGCUUAUGCAGAAAGUUUUCGAGGUGACUAACUCAGAAUUGAACUACAAGGAAUUCUUGUUGUUCUUUUGUAAAAGCGAGACCAACAAGGAAGGUUUCAUGAAAAUCCUCGAAGUACUCAAUGAUAAGGGCAAUUUAAGAAGAAAAGAUUGUGCUGUGCACGAAGUCGUACCUGUAGAUGCGAUAAUCGUAGCGAAGCAGGAAUUUGACCGUAUCUUGUCCAACGCCUUCAACGUCAUAGACGGCAUCCCGGUCAAAACACUGCCGACCGACAACUACGAGAAUAUUUUCGCUUCACCCCACAACGAAUAUUUGGAGACAGAGAUGAUUCUAGCGAAGAACUGGCUGACUUCGCCAAGGACGAGGAUCUCAACUUGUUACGAAAGCGAUCCACACUUCGACGAUCACGUACAAAGUUUUGAAGAAUAUAAAAAUUGUCUCCCUCUUUACGAAAGGUUCCGGGAGCCCAUUUGGUACAAGUGUGUACAUUACAAAUUAGCCCUCACGAUUUUCAUGUUUGCACUGAAUCUCAACUUCACCUCACCGGACGGUUUGCAGAGGCAGCAAUACAUCGAAACAAGAUUAAAAGAUCUGUUCAAAGAAAAAGGGGUAAAUAACUACAUUCAAGCGUUUCACCUUUAUGAGAGCAAAUUUAUGCAAGAAAUCUUUGAAACUUCUUUCUUCUUCAAAACCUGCCAAUUAGACGUAUUGCUGCAAAAAUACACUAAAGAUAAAAGUUCGCAUCAAAAAUGAAUAAAUACAUAUCUGAGAAAUA